AUGAGAUCUCCUAGAUGGAGCCCAUACAAUGCUCUGCUACUUGCCUUGCUGCAAUAUGGUAGUCCUGUCGCCGCCGCUCCUGCGUGUGAUCGCACCUGUCUCGAGGGGUUGAUGUCGGCCUACCUGGCAGCCCUGACCGAGCAUGACCCCUCGAGAUUGAACACCACUUCGGACGUUUUGUACACCGAGAACAGUCAGAUCCUUCCCCUCGGAACGGGAGAAUGGAAAGUCGCAGGAUCGCCAGGCAAAUACCGCCACGACUUCUCCGACCCGGAAGCGCGACAGGUCGGGACCAUCACCACGAUCACGGAGAAUGGCGUCCGGAUCAUAUACAUCGCCCGCCUGGGACUCAAUGAGGACGGCAUGAUCAACGAGAUCGAGACGCAGAUCACGCGCGACCCUGGCGGUGGAGCCAGGUACGAGAACAUGACCGCGCCUGAGGCGGUCUGGCUGGAAGCGGUGCCGACGGAUAAGCGCAUCUCUCGCCAGCAGCUUGUCGCGCAGACCAACAAGUACUACACCGGCAUGCAAGGCAACGACCCACACGGAGACUACAGCUUCUUCGACAAGGAGUGCAACCGCCUCGAGGACGCCCUCCAGACGACCAACCAGAAGAGCGGGGACCCCUACGGGCACUCCAACGACACGGUCUUUGCCUCGCUCGGCUGCGAGGCGCAGUUCCAGACAGGCUUCCUCGGAUUCGUGACCAAGAUCCGCGCCCGCAGGUUCCCCGUCGUCGACGAGGAGCGCCAGGCAGUCCUGGCCUUCGCGACGCUCGACCACAACGGCACGGUCAGGACCUUGCCAGAAGUCAACGGCACGGCGUCGCCUAUCCCGCCGUACUUUGACGUACCGCGCACGUUACAGGCAGCCGAGGCCUUCCGCCUCCGGGAUGACAAGCUCUAUCGCAUCGAGAUGACGCUGACAGAAGUGCCGUACGGCAUGCGCUCGCCGUUCGUCGAAGAGCAGCUCUCCAACCUCACAAGUGCCGGCAACGUGACCAGCCUCCCGUACAACUGCGAUCGCCGGUGCUUACACGGCGUCGUAAAGACCGUCCUCCAGGCGAUGCUGACCCACGAUCCCGCGACCCUGCCCCUGGCCAAAGACGCGCGCUACACGGAGAACGGCCAGCUCAUCGCCGUCGGCGACGGCCUGUGGGAGACGCUCAGUAACGUGACCCUCCCCGGAUCCGAUGAUAAGUAUGCUGCAAGUUUCGCCGACCCGAGGACGCAGACGGCAGUGUACUGGGGGAUGAGCACCGAGCAGACGACGCCCGGUGUGCUCGCCAUGCGCAUCAGGGUCGCGGCGGGCAAGCUCGCCGAUAUUGAGGUCAUCGACGUGCGUGCCGAGGCCACCGGUAACAGAGGCGGGACGAUGACGCUGAUGCGCCCACCGCUGCCGGUGGAGUGGGACGGGAGUCCUCUGGGCGAGCUGGACACGGUGUUCAAGGAAGGGGAGGCGUCCUCGACUGCGCCGUCGCUGAUCAAUGACUACUUUAACGGACUCCAGAAUCAUUCGAGUGCCGGGGUGGCGUUUGCCCCCGAGUGUCUGCGUCGAGACAACGGACAGCAGCUGAAUGUCGGCUGCGCCAACCAGCUCGACGGCCAGGGGCAGAAUCCGAACGGGCUGCACAACCUUACGACUGCUGUCCGCGAUCGGCGCCUGCUCAUAGCCGAUGCAGAGCAGGGCGUGGCGUUGGCUGUGGCCAUGGUCGACAGCCCGGCUGUGUCGUCUUCUCCACUGCUCCUCACCUUGCAAGUUCCGAGCACGUAUAUGGUUCCGCAACUGUUCAAGGUUGACGAUGGUGCUAUCGCGAGGGUCGAAGGGAUGGUGAAGUGGAUGCCUUUUGGGUACCGCUCUGCUUGGGGCUCUAAUCUCGACGCUUAA